AUGCCGUGCACCAUCAAGAUCCGGCUCGUGGAGGCGCGCGACAUGCCCGUGGUGGACCGCGCGGCCAAGCUGGCGGACGCGUACGUGGGCAUCACGUUCGCGAGCUUCGAGGCCAAGUCGUCCGUCUCCAAGAAGACGCUCAACCCCAAGUGGGACGAGGAGUUCCGCUUCGACGUGGCCGACGACUCGGUGCUGCAGUCGCAGCCCAUCGAGUUCAAGCUCAUGGACCACGACGUGUACACGACGGACGCCACCGUAGGCAUCGUCUACGUGGACCUCAACUGCCUGCUCAUGCGCGACGGCCACGUCAUCCAGGGCUGGUUCCCCGUGUACGACACGCUCUUGGGGUACUUCGGGGACGUGAACCCGUUCCGCGAGUCCUCGGCAGGCGUGCAGUUCUUCGGGCUGUCCACGCUGGACCCGAGUCUCUACCGCAUUGAGUCCAUGCUGGGCUUCGUGGAGGAGCUGGUGGUGCACGCCGACCCGGAGUAUUCGUGGAGCGACAACUUCCGCACGUCCCGGAGGAGCAACGAGCACCGGCAGCUGCUGCUGUAUAAGCUGUCGUCGCAGGUGGUGACGCUCGUGGGCAAGAAGGCGCUGGAGCUGGGCGGAAACGCCGUGCUGGCGUACAAGCAGUUCUUCGACGUGGAGGGGGACAGCGGGCUGGUGGCGAGGGCGUGCGGCACGGCGUGCUUCAUUACGCCCGUGGGGAAGAACGAGCUCAUGUCAGGGGAAGGAGGCGGCCAGCACCGCACGCACAGUGAGGACGGGCAUGGACACGAUGGAGAGCUGAGUGUGGAUGUGGAUGACAUGACGGCGGGGGAGAGUGUGGAGGCGCUCGUGUCCCCGAGGUACUUCCCGAGGAGAGUGUUGAAGUCGUUGAAGGCUCCGGAGGCGUUUAAUAUCUCGGCACAUGACGAGGUGCAAUUGAUCACGCUCAAGGUGUUUAACCCUGCAACGAGGAUUCGUCUGGGUGGGAUUGUCAGCGCCCGCUCGGUGAAGUACCUGGGCAAAUUGGCGACAAAGUUGGCGGACCAGGAGACCAGAGAUUCGUGGUGGCUUGAGCUGCGUGAAGAGAUCCGGGCUCAUGCACAGUCGCUGCAAUGCCCCUUCGUUAUCGGCUAUACUGAGUCCUGCACGAUCCAUGACGAUGUGUGUGUGAUAUCUGCCUCCUAUGAUGGAGACGAUGAUGGUCCCGAUUUACACGCAGCGUCAUCGCCGAUGCUGAACCUCCCUCUACCGGAGGUUCCCGCCUCGCUUGGUCGCCGCAGUCCCUCGUUCUCGUACAUGGCGCACCCGCCUGUUCCUCCAAGAGCAAAGACAAGCAUGCGGAUGGUUCGCUGCGGUGUAUGUGGAAACAAAUGGGUUCCUGAGAUGAUGAUCGCAUCUAUUGAGCCUCCUGCUGGCCUCGCCAUGAUGGGAAAAGGAACAUUCAUUCAGGCGCGAGUAUGUCGUCAGCGCAGGAAAGGAACGGGUGAUGUUAACGCCACGAUUGUGUCGGAUGCUUUGCCAUUCCUCGAAUACGAGCUGUAUCGACAGCUCAUCGUGAAGAUGCGAGUGCUUGGCGUAAAUGCCGUAUUCGCAUUUGAUUCGCAGAUUCAAGUCGGAGGCUCGUUGAUUGUCGGUGUCAUUACUGGCACGGGCCUCUAUCUUCCCGCUCUCCCUCCCCCACCAACGCUCCGAAUCGAGCGAAACAUAGAUGUGAAAGACGAUGAAGACCGACGCCUCGUCCAAUUGCAAGCCCAAAUUGAAGAGCUCAGUACGUUCAACAAGGACAGGCUCCAUCGAGACCGGAUAUGCGUCGUCCAACCUGAGUAUGAGUACUAUGGCGGAAAUCGACCUGCGCGCAAUCAAUUGCAGCCCAGUACUUCUCUGUCUUCGGAUCAAGAUGAUGAUAGCGGGAAGGGGUCCAAGCGUCCAUUUCAGGUUGCUCAAUCUCGAUCGUCAGCACGACGCGCGCGUCGAAAGCGGUUGGCACAACCUUCUUCGGACGAUAGCGCUACACCAGAUGCCGGCGGCACCACGACUCCCACUGCAGGCUCAGACACACCUCCCGCGCCAAGAUCUCAGACUUCUCUCGACAACGACUCAAAGACACUCAGCUCGUCUUCCGAGUCAAGCUCCGAGUCGGAGGAAGAAGCGUUCGUCGAUGGUUUUAGCGACUCCAAGGAGACAUUCGUGCUUGAAAUCGAUGACGAGACGGACGAAGAUCUCAUGUCAGUGCUAUUAGAGCAAGAACUGCCGGAGGGCAUUUACAUGUGCAACACGGAUCGAUUACCUGGAGACUUCACUCCUGGCGAGAAUGUGCAUCUGAUUGUUUCGAUGAAGCGAGUAGAAUGGGACGAAGACCGUAUGCGUGAUACGCGUCUGAACGAGCUGCUGUCGGUUGUAUUCAAGGAGCUUUUUGCCAGUCUGCUGUUCAAGGUGCGGUCGUACGCCCCCUGCGCUAUCUGCGGCUUGAAGACACGAGUCGCGGUGGCCUCUGAAACUAUGCUUGAGGUUGUUCUGAGUGGAAUGGCCGUCCUGGAGAAGAACUGGGAAGACCCGCUUGACAACCUGCUGAACAACGCUGCGAUGGCGCUGGAGAUGGAAGAGCCCGACUCGCCAACCAAACCCUCGUCAGCUUCGCCAGCGGUGCACGACAUUCCCCUCUCCGGUAAGAGCGGCAGCCCGUCCAAGCUCCACAUUCAGAUGCCGCCCCCGAUUCGAAGCUUCUCGCACUUCCGCAACAUCACCCCAGGCUCUGGUCGCGGCGGAAUGGCGGCACCAGCUCCGUACGGUCGCGAAUGGAUCGAGUUGACUCCUCUUGGCUACAUUCCUGGAGCUCACGUGACGCGCUACCUGGGCCGCGUGACGCUGCACUUCAUAAAGGAGAGCUGGACGGUGCGUGAGAGCGGCGGUCUGGGAGCGUUCUACCACCUGUUCCUGAGCGAAGCCAUCGCUAUCGUGCGCGCCCACGUGCGGUCACUGGGCGGCAACGCCAUGCUCACGUUCCGCCUCGUGCCCAUCGAGUCCAGUCAGCUGUACCGCAACCAAGUGUACAACAUGAUCAGUAUCACCGGUGACGUCGUGAUGAUCGAGCGCGAGGUGGACACCAACAUCGCGUACCCGCCCAACCUCUGGGGAUCCAAGUCCUCCCAUGCAGCCGAGAUCGACAAGCUCUCGUCACUCGACGACGCAUUCGCCAGCGUCACCAUCAAAGACUCGGACUUUGUCUCCUAA